UUCAGACGCAGUAUAAUGUCACAGACUACUUCAUCAAACUUACCGAAGAGUAACCUGGUUGCCGUUUGCCAGAUGACUUCAACUGAUGACAAAGAAACCAACUUUAAGACUUGCGAUGAUCUGAUUCACAGAGCUGCAGAAAUGGGGGCUAAAGUGACAUUUUUGCCAGAAUGUUGUGAUUAUGUGGGUAAUAACAGUGCAGAAUCAGUAGAUAUGGCGAUAUCCCUAGAUGGAAAACUUGUUUCCAGGUUCAAAAAUUUAGCCAAAAAUUGUAGCAUGUGGCUUUCUUUGGGUGGAAUUCAUCUAAAGGUAAGUGAAUAAUUGUGUUAUACUAUAUAGGGUAUGUUUAUGAAUUGCUUACUUUAUGUAUUUAUUAGAGAAAAGAUUUAAUAGCAAAAAACAAAACAAGAAAAACUGUAAAUAGCCAUUUAAGCACUGCAGCACUUAUACAAAGUUUUU